UUCUAGUGGAACAAACCAACACUUGGAACGCAGAGCUAUAGCAGAAGCUAGAAGAGUGUAGUACACACGUAGCGAUCGAGAAGAAAUAAUGGCACACACCGCCGCUCCGAUGUCGUCGCCCAAGGUUGGAGCCGGAAGCAUCGCCACCCCAUGGCAACAGCUCCAGGGUUCGGAGUCAUGGAAGGGGCUCCUGCCCUCGAGCGAGCACCCGGACUCGCUGGACGCCGACCUCCGUGCCUCCCUCAUCGCCUACGGCGAGCUCGCGGAGGCCGCCUACGACGGGCUCAACGCCGACGAGAGCUCGUGGGACGCUGGCUCGCCCCUUUACGGCCACGCCGGCCUGCUCGCCGCCUCCGGCGUGUCCCACCCGGAGCACUACCGCGUGACCAAGUUCCUGUACGCGACCUGCGAUCUGCGGGUGUGGCCGUGGAAGACGUCGAAGUCGACCAGGUCGGUAGGCAAGUCCAUGUUCGUGCGGCCAACGCAGGUGGCGCGGGCGGGGCCGUGGUGGUGGGAGACCAACUGGAUCGGGUACGUGGCGGUGGCGACGGACGACGGCAUGAAGGCGCUGGGCCGGCGCGACAUCGUCGUGGCGUGGCGCGGCACCGUGCAGACGUCGGAGAAAUUGAAAGACGCCAUCUUCCCGUACGCGUCCGUGGCGGAGGGGCUGGACCUCUCGGCUGAGAACAAAUUCGCCGACGCAAAUGUGCACAGUGGCUUCUUGUCAGUGUACACCACAAACAACCCCCGUCGGAACUACCGCGAUUCGCAGAUUGACAUCGUUUUCGAUACCAGCCCCAGAGAUGAGGCGCUCAAGGAAGUGCGGAAUCUAGUGGAGGCGUACAAGAGCGAGGAGAUGAGCAUCACCGUCACUGGCCACAGCCUUGGCGCCUCACUCGCCACCCUCAAUGCCUUCGACAUAGUGGCCCACGGCAUCAACGUGCCGCCCGCUUCCUCCAAGCUGAUUCCGACUCUUCCGUGCCCUGUGACGGCGAUCCUGUUCGCGAGCCCGCGAGUCGGGGACGACCAUUUUAAGCACGUCUUUGCCUCCUUACCCCAGCUGCGGGCACUCCACGUGAAGAAUGAAAAUGACGGAGUGACAAGUCUCCCAACAGGGAACUUCUAUGAUGCGGCAACGGCUUCACUACUCAUCGACACCAAUAGGUCGCCCUACCUACGCCACGGAAAUCUAAAGACAGUCAGGUGGUACCACAACCUCCAGUGCUACCUGCACGGCUUAGCCGGAGACCAGGGUGCUGAAAAGCACUUCAAACUGGUGGUGGACCGCGACGUGGCAUUGGUGAACAAAAGUACUGACAGACUGAAAGAAGAGUACCCAGUGCCGGCGAAUUGGUGGGUAACUACUAAUAGCCACUACAAGGGCAAGGGCGUUGCUCGUUUUAAGUUGGACAACUUCGGGGAAGAAUAAUUGAGAGCCCAAGUUACUGCAUCCAUGCACCCUCGGCCUUGGUUGAGGCUUAUAUCUACAAUAAUGCAGAUGCUUAGAUGAGUGCUUUCGUUUCAAUUAUUGAUAGCUAUGUGGUGUUGAAGAUAUCAGUUGUUCGAUGGCGACCAUCAUUUGUCGUGACUCUCUGCUCUUGUGUUGAUACACACCUUGUAAAACUCUCGGUUUGGUAAAAUAAAUUCAGAUACAUGACGUUAUUACAUACAA